UUCAAAACAUUUACAAGAUAUUCUUGAUUCUUGACAAGAAGUCAUGAAUGAAAGCCCUUUUGUGAUAGAUCAACGAUGAUUUCAUGGACUUUUUAUUGAUUUACAGAAUGAGCAGACUACAGGAUAAAGUCUGUAUUUGAGAGAUUGAAUAGAAAUGGCUUCUGGUAGUACCAGUUCAAAGUUGGAAAAUUUAGCAAAAGAGGAUCUAGUGAAAUAUAUUAAGAAGCAAUCUUCUCAACUUAAGCAAUUUAAAUCAAAAUGUGAAGCUUUACAAACACAGCUUCAAGAAAAAGAAGAUGAUGUUCGGUCUCUUGAGAAAGAGAAAGCUGAGUGGUUAUCACGUGGGGUUCAGGCAGAAUUUGAAAAGAAAGAAGAGGUUUCUGCAAAGAACGAUGAGUUGCAAAUGGCUGCUGAACUCGGAAAACAAAUGUUGGAAAGAAACGAUGAGCUUCAGGCAGAAUUGGAAAGUUCGCUAAAAAUCUGUGCAAAUCUUAAGAAUGAAUUAAAGGAAAUAAAGGGUGAGAGAGAUGGCCUUAAACGUUCCUUGCAUUCUUCCCAUCAGCAAGAUGAACAUGAAUUCAUUAGUGCUGAAGAAAGUACCAGGCUUUUGAAUAAGAUAAAGGAAUUACAAGUUGAACGAGAAGAGACGCUGGAAAAAAUAGAAAAUUUAACCUCAGAAAGAAAUCAGCUGAAGCAAACAUGCAAAGAUUUAAAGAAGCGAAUGCAUGUUCUUGGGAGUGAUGUAGAACGAUUAAACAAAGGGAAGAAACACCCAGCUGAAAAUAAGAUACACGAUCUCACUAACGAAAAAAUGGAAUUAAUGGAAAAAAUUGAGAUGCUGGAAGAGGACCGUGCGAAGUUAAUCAAAGACUUUGAAAAUUUACAAGAAAUCGUGACAAAGCAGGAAGAAGAUAAUCAGGAGUACAUCUCGAAAUUCGAACUUUUAACGAAGGAAAAACAACAAGCAGAUGAGAGAAUAAGGAAUCUUAUGGAAGAAGUGGAAGUUUCACGAAAAGAAAUUGGGGAAUUGAAAGAACGUUUAGAAAACUACGGAAGUGAUCAGGAAGAUAUUCAAACAAGUUAUCAGAAUAUGAGGCGAGAGCAUCUUGAAACAAGUAAUAAAAAUGAGGAAUUAAAGAAUCAGAUAGAAGAGCUACUGCAUAGUAGGAAUGACUCGACUAAUUCCCUGAGUUUGUUAACUGAAGAAAGAGAUGAACUGAAAGAAAGUAACGUGGAAUUAAAAGUGAAAUACGAAGACGUGACACAUAAGCUUUCGGACGUAAACCAAAGAAACAAGGAACUUUCUGUUCAGUUGCAAAGUGUGAAUCAUGAAUAUUCACAGAUAAAGAACAUUAAUGACGAUCUCCGGGAAAAGCUUGAUGCAGAAGAGAAAUAUAAAAACACUAUUAAUGAAGAAAUAGAAAAAUUAAAAGUUGAAAAAGAAAAGUUUACAAAAGCAUGCAGGUCGUUGAAAACAAGUCUUGAAGAAUCAAAGAAAGCUUUAGAUCAAACAACGUCGAGCUACGAAAGCCAGAAACACUUAAUUCAAAAUCUACAACAAGAAAAGAAGAAAAUGGCACAAUUGAUUAAGAAACUAAAAGGAAGUGGCGGGCAGAAUAUUGAUGAGAGACAAAGAUCAGCUGACAAGAGUGAACUUGAAGCUGUGAUAUCUGAGCGGAACAGUCUGCUGUCGUCGUUAAAUGAAACUCGGAAAGAAUAUGAAAAAAUGAAUGAAAAAUGCAAAUUUCUAGAAAAGAAACAUGAAAAUGUGCUAUUUGAAAAGGAUGAACUACAGGAGGAACUAAAAGAAAUAUCUCAAAUUAAAAUUAAAUUAGAAAAAGAUGUAAACAACAUUGAAAGUGAGAAAUCACAGCUGGAAACUUCCAUGAAAGAUGUGAAUGAUGUUUUACGGGAUGAAAGAAGAAAGAUGGAUGAUAUGUUUGUUAAUAUGAAAGAAGAACUUAAGUCAAACAUGGAGAUGAUUGAACUUUUAAAGAAACAGUUGGAUGACGUCACUGCAAUAAAAGAUGAUCAAGAAGGACGUUCAACUAAAGUUAAAGAAGAAUUCAAUGGUGUUGUUAGCGCGAAUAAGGAACUUGAAAAACAGUUACAGUUUAUCACAGGUGAGAAGAACAAGAUCCAGCAUGCAAUGGGAGCGGUGAAGAGACAGUGGGAGGAGCAUCAGACAACAUGUGGCGGCAGUAAUAAGGACAUUCAGGAGAGAAUUCAAACUCUAGUCGCUGAAAAACUUGAAAUUGAAAAAUCCCUGGAUGAUCGUUCGGUCGAGUUGACAGACAUGAAAAAGCAGGAAAGGAGACUUCUUGAAAAAAUAGAUCAAAUCUCAAAAGAGAAAGAAGACGGUGAAAGAAACCUUCAAGAACAACUUGUUUCGCUUGAAGCGGAGUACGAGGUUGUACGAGAAAAAGAAAAAUAUGUGCGAAAUAAACGGAGAAAGGAAUAUAAAAAUGAUAUGGAAAAUUCUACUCAGACCCUUGGGGCAGAGUUGGCUAAAGUUAAUGAAGAAAAGGAUACUCUCGAUGCCGAAAUUGAAGAACUCUUCCACGCCCAUGACGAACUUCAAAUAAAGUAUGACGAGGAAGUAAAUGCAAACAAGCAAUUGAAUGACUUAGUUCUCAAAAUGAGUGAGGAGAAGGAAGCAAUAUUUAAAGAAAAUCAGAUUCUAUCUGAAAGACUCUCAGAAAUUCAAUCCAACGAGCUAAGCUCUGAAUCACAUUAUUAUACCGAAAUUUCGACUUUGCAGGAAACCAAUGAAAAUUUACUUCGUGAAAUCGAAACAUUGCGGGGGCAACAAGAUAAAAAGCAAGGAAUUGUAACAGAUUUUGUCGAUUCUGAAAACAUCAGGGAAGAUCCUGCAAAGAACAACAAAUGUGGACACGAGGAAGAGAUCAAUAUUCUUGAUAAUAGAAUUUCCGAGUUAACUAAAGAGAAGGAUGAACUCAAGAACAUCGAGAUGGAUUAUGUGAGUCGGCUUGCAACUGUGACACAACAAUUGGAAGAAGAAAAACGUAGAACUACUGAAUUGCAACAGAAACAUGAGAAAGCUGAAAAUGAACGGCUUGAGCAGGUUAAAAAUGAGAGGGAGGAAGUUUUAAAGCUGAAUGAAGAGAUUGAAACUCUUAAAUCAAGUCUAAGUAAGCACAAAGAUGAAAUUUCAAGCUUACAUACAAAUUUAAAUUCGCUUAAAGAACUAUUAAAGGAAAAAGAAAUCGAGCUUGACGCGAAAGACCAACUAUGCGGGAAAAAUGAACAAGAUUUGUCGAAUUCUAAGACUGUGUUGGAUUCUUUGUCCUCCAAACUUCUAGAAAAGACCGAAGAAUGCCAAAAACUAGCAAAAAAAUUAGAAAAAGAAGAAAUAGCAGUUAAAAAGCUGAAUGAGGACUAUAAGAAUCUGAAACAAUUGUAUGAAGAAAAAAAUGAAGGUUUGAUCAGCGCAGAGGAGGCUCUGUCAAAACAGAAACAAAAUUUAGUUACUAUUCAACAAAAUGUUGACAAAUCACAGCAGGAUAGUGAAGAGAAGAAUGAACAUAUCAAUAAACUGCAACAGUUGGUUGUAAACUUGGAGAAAUCUCUGGAAGAGUUAAGAUGCGAAAGUCAAAAUAAAGAGGAUGAACAAAAGGUUAUUUGCACAAAUUUGGACGAAGUAACUGCAAAUCUUCAGAAAAAAGAGGUUGAGUGUAACAGCUUGAAGACACAGCUCCAAAACCAAAGGACUGAAAAUGAAGCGCUCGAACAAUCACUUCAGGCGCGAGAGACACAAUUCAGUAGUUGUUUAGAUUCAUCCAAUAACGACGUUCGGGAUUUACGUGAACAACUAGAACACGAGAAAGGCAAAUAUUCUGAUUUAAAUGAAAUUUUGAAAACAAAAGAAGCAACUGAACAAAGUUUGAAAGAAACUGUUACAUUACUUGAACAAAAAAUUUUAGACAGAGAAACACAAAUUAGUGAAUUGAGUGAAAUGAAUAAAUCGUUAGAACUAGAAUUGACUCGGUUAAAAGAACGUCAAAUAUCCUUUCAAGAAGACGUAAUGGUGAAAGAGGAAGCAAUUCAGUCGUUUGCUUCCAAUGAAAAUACGCUGUUGGAAAAAGUGAAAUCCUCUGAUGAUCUGUUGAAGGAACAAGAGAAAUCUUUGUCAGAGAUGAGAGAAAAAGUUGAUCAUCAUUUGCAGGAAAGAUUAGCACUUGAAGAAGAAAUAAAUCGUCUUUCGAAAUUUGAAAGUAAUACGAACAUUAAUCAAGCAAAAGUUGAAAAGUAUUGCAAAGAAGUUGAAGAAAUGAGAGCUGGUAAAGAGCAACUAGAAAAACAAAAUAGCGAAUUGCAGGCAAAGAUAAACAAAAUGAAACAGGUCGCUGUGAAGGCAAAAAAAGAAACAGAAAGCGUGAAGAAAAAGUUUGAAGAAGAGAAGGCAGCGUUAAUGGAAGUCAUUCAACAAAAAGACGAAAAAUUGCUCUCAAGUUUGAAUAAAGGUGAAAUAAAAAUCAAACGGGAUUCAGAACAGACCGAAAAGAUCUGCGAACUUGAAAAAGAAAAUAAAACAAUGGCAGAAAGUAUUGACAGUUUAAAAGGACAACUUGAGAUUUCUGCUCGAGAAAAAGAAUCUUUUGAAGAGAAUUUGCAAAUUAUGAAAAAGGAGAAUGCUGAAUUAACUGAAAAGAACAGUGAAAUCGUCAAUAAAAAUGAUGACUUUGUAACGAAGAUUGCAUCUAUGGAGGAGAAUAUCAAUCUUCUAGAGAAACAACUUCAUGACAAAGAAAACGAGUGUAACGAGCUCUCAGAAAAACUUAGGAAUUUGGAACAGGAACUAGCGAAAGAAAAGAUGAAUGUCGAAAACAUUGAAUCCGAGUUGAAAACAGCAAAAGAACAGUUGGAAAGUUCAGAAAAGGAGGCAAGCAAAGCAAGUCUUGUUGAUUUGGAGUUGAAAGAUUGUCAGAGUGCAUUAGAAAGUUAUGAAAAAGAUUUGGCAGAAAAUAAAGACAAAUUACAGCAGAAAAAUGAUGAAUCUGAUGCGCUGAGUAAACAGUUACUAGAGAAAAACAACGAGAUAGUUUCACUUGAAGAAAAAAUUAGCCAAACAGAGGAGAAAGAGAAGAAACUGAAGAAUAUUAUUAAAAAUGUUAAAAAAGAUUUAUCCCAAGUGAAAGAGCAGGAAAGAGAGUCUCAGAAACGGCAAAAAGAUACCCAAGAAGAACUUGAAGCGAAGAUACACGAAAAUGAAAAUAUCAAGGUUCAGCUGUCGGUAGUACAUGCGGAAAAGCAAACUCUUGAACAACAGCUGCAUUCUGUCGUUGAAAACAAUAAAGUUAAUUUGGAAAAUCUUGACGCGAAGCUUAAACGCGUGAAAGGCGAAUCUGAGGCAGUAAAACAAGCAAAAGCCCAUUUGGAAAGUGAAUAUGAAAACUACAAGACGAGAGUGCACAGUGUAUUGAAACAGCAAAAAGCAAAACCCUCAACACCAGCAGCAACUAUUGAAGCUGAUGAAAGGUCACAGCUGCAGCAGAACAUUUUGCAACUUAAAAUAAAACUUCAAGAAACAAGUGAAAAACUUAGAUCAUUACAAAGUGACUACGAGGAUCUUGAAACUGAAAAUGAAAGACUUACCACUGUACACACUCAACUUUCAAUGGAUUCAGAAAAGAAAGAGAGAUUUUGGAAGGAAAGAGUCGAAAAAAUAUCACAGGAGUUUACGACAAAUCUCGAACAACACAAAGAAGCCACUGAACUUCUGACAGUCAAGAACGAAACUUUGGCUAAAACAUACAAGGAUAAGAUUCGAAAGAUCGAAGAAGACCAUAAAACCAAAUUAGAAAAACUUCAUCAAGAAAUUGAUGAACUUGAGAAAGAACGCCAGAAACAAAUAUUAAAAGAUAAGCCACGAUCGCGUGAAAGUCCACCAUUGAAACUAAAUAUUGCUGGUGAUACAACACAGUUAAGAUCUGAGGAAAGACAGGCAGGAGAGGGAAUGGAACACCCAGAACAGGAGCAAAGCAAUGUCACAAGUCAGCCAACUACACCGGUUUCAGCAACAUCCUUCCACAGCGUUCCUUUGGAAACAUUGCUCUCUCCUACAAAGGUCGAAGAAUUACCAAUGAUGGGCGAGAAUGAUUUUAUACAGGAAGAGGUUACAAAAGCCAGACGUGAGAUAGAUCAUUUGUCUGAGCUCUUGCGUGAAAGUGAGGCGACAUCGAUGAGGCUUGGGGAGCAAGCGAAAGUACUAAAAGAUGAAAUUAGAAGAUUGGAAAGAAACCAGGAAAGAGAAGAAGGUUUAUCGAAUUUAGAAUAUUUAAAAAAUAUUAUCAUGAAGUUUCUUAGUCAAGGAUCAAAUGAGAAGGAACAACUUAUUCCUGUCCUCACCGCCAUGUUAAAAUUGAGUGAUGAAGAAAAGAAUUAUCUGUCAAAAUUUGCAAGAGAAACAGAUGAAGGUGGUGAUGAUGCUAACACAGGUUGGUCCAGUUAUCUCUACCGUUGGAGUUCAGUUAACUGAAGAUUAUACUCCAUAAGAAAAGUCCUAAAAUCAGUGAUCGGAGGAUUGCGUCUUAAAAAAGGCGGAAUAACAAAUAAAUGGCGGAAUGUUUGAUCUCUCUCAAGGGGAAGAUCUUGAAAUCAUGAAAUGAGAAAUUGUACAUGCCAUCCAAAGUUGUACGUACGUUUAAUGUCCACCUGACUUCAAACUUUUGCCUCAUUUGUAGUGUAGGCGACUGAUCUACAAUCAUAACGAAUUGUAAAUGAAUGGAUUAUUAAAUAAAAAUUUCGAAACAAAAGCGACAUAGGGUCAGGGGGGAUUGGGGUUACUGCUUGUAAAAUCUUAUAUCAUACUGUAUCAUACCGUAUCAUACUGUAUCAUAUCGUAUCAUACUCUAUCAUAUCGUAUAAAGGGCGUAACUCUUGGGGGGACGGGGGGAGGACAAGUUUGGAGUAGGAGGGGACGAAUAUGUAAUUAUCCCCCCACUUUUUUAUACCGUCGUGUCUUAUUUAAGCUAUAUUUAAAAAAAAAUCAAGAAAUGGUCUUCACAAAUGUGAACUCGAUAGUCCAAACUAUUAACAUUCGACAAUUCCAUAUAAAACGUUUGUUAACGGUGUACGCUUGUACCCGGCACCGUAUGUCAUAAUUAUACAAUACAAGUAUGAACAAAUAAUACAACC